AUGGAUCUCCAAAAACCGCCCAAUUUCAUGUUGGACUGUGGAAUGGCUCCUCAUAUGAUGCAGCCGAUUCAGUGGGCAGCUGCUGCAAUUGCAGCCGCCUCAUCGACUAAUUCAGGAGCUUCGAAUGCCACCUCAUCGAAUUCCACGUCACAACAACAAUUGCAACAUCAUCCGUACGGGGCAACAGGUUAUAAGGUCCAAAUUCCACCAAAAAACUCGUCAGUAACACCAUAUUCCGAUGCAACAAACUGUAAAAAAUCAUCAAAUCACAUCAAACGUCCAAUGAAUGCAUUCAUGGUUUGGUCUCAGAUGGAACGAAGAAAGAUCUGUGAACACCAGCCAGAUAUGCAUAAUGCAGAGAUUAGUAAACAAUUGGGAUCAAGAUGGAGAAAUUUAACAGAUGAAGAAAAGGCUCCGUUUGUUGCAGAAGCAGAAAGAUUGAGAGUUUGUCAUAUGCAGGAAUACCCAGACUACAAGUACAAACCACGUAAGAAGCCGAAGAAGAAUCCAGAUGGAACACUCCAACAACCAGCUCAAACUCAGAAUGUUCCUCAGAAUGCUCCACGUGGCACUUCUCCACAAUCACGUCAACGAAAGCGUCCGAAUACAGAGCAAUCAGAUCCAUCUAGUCAGUUUCAAAAUUUCAAAACAGUCAAAAUGGAAUCAGAUUGGAUGGGACAACCACAAAUGAAUCAGAAGAUGCCAUUCCAUCCGUCAUAUCCAUCGCCUUCUGAGUUUGGACACGCCCCUUUGACUCCUGAAUCUGGAUUUUAUGAGGAUUUUUACAAUCAACAACAACAUCAAUUUGCACCACAACAGCAUAAUGGAGGAAGAGUUGGAAGUCCGAUUAGGAUGACAGCGUUGGGAAUGGAAAUGGGUAUGGCUCCUCAAAUGAUGGGGCAUAAUGCUGGAUUUGGUGCUGGAAAUCAUCCAUUCUACUUGCAUACUUCGCCUCCUUCAGUUGAUCAGGAUGACAUGCGUUCCCUCUCAUCUGGUUCUUCUGGAUACGCCGAUUGUAGUGCAUCCGAACAAUCCACGUCAUCACCAACAUCUUCUGGAGUUGCGUCAAUGACGUCAUCUGCUUCUGGAACUGUUUCAACGUCAUCUGGAAUGCAUAGUUCAAUAUUCUCUGAUGAUUUCUCUGGAAUCUAUCCAACAGUUAAUGUUCCACCUGGUUUUCCAUGGGGAGACGCUUUGAAGAGUAUUGAUUUGGAGCCGUUUUAG